UUGGAGCGAACUCCGACGUCCACUUGCCUAUACAGGCAAUCUUUAGUUUUGGCGCCUCCACCAGUAAAUCGCGACGGACGCAUAACUUUGAUGGGGACUUUGAUCGAAGGGCGGGAAAAUGCCUGUUAUGAAAGGAUUGCUCGCGCCACAAAAUACAUUUUUGGACACCAUAGCGACACGUUUUGACGGGACCCACAGCAACUUCAUCCUGGCCAAUGCGCAGGUGUCUCAGGGCUACCCCAUCGUCUACUGUUCCGAUGGCUUCUGUGAGCUGAGCGGCUUUGUGCGCUCGGAGGUCAUGCAGCAGAGCUGCACCUGCAAGUUUCUCUACGGGCCCGAGACCAGCGACGCCAUCAUCCGCGUCGACACAGCCAUGCAGGAGCGCAGCGAGUUCAAGGAGGAGAUCAUGUUCUACAAGAAAACAGGUGGCUUGUUCUGGUGCCUGCUGGAUAUCGUUCCCAUCAAGAAUGAGAAGGGCGAUGUUGUUCUCUUCCUGGCCUCAUUUAAGGACAUCACUGACAGCAAAGCUAAGUCCCUCCCAGAAGAGAAGAGAGAAGAGCACCACCAGGGGCAGGUGAAGGGCGGGUCCCCCUUCGGUUCGGCACGUCUGCGGAGCAGCACAGUCCUGUACCACAUCUCUGGCCACCGCUGCAAGAGCAAGAUCAAGCUCAACAAGAAUGUUUUCGGGGACCCCCCUGCCCUUCCGGAGUAUAAGGUUGCCGACGCCAAGAAGUCAAAGUUCAUCCUGUUACACUUCAGUAGCUUCAAGGCGGGCUGGGAUUGGCUCAUUCUGUUAGCAACCUUCUACGUGGCCGUCACUGUCCCCUACAAUGUGUGUUUCAUCGGCGACGAUGACCUCACACGCAGCACCACCGUCAGCGAUAUCGCUGUGGAGAUCCUCUUUAUCAUUGACAUUGUGUUUAGCUUCCGCACAUCCUAUGUGAGUAAGUCUGGCCAGGUGAUCUUCAACGCCCGUCAGAUCUGCUUCCACUACAUGACGACUUGGUUCAUCAUCGACCUGGUGGCAGCUCUCCCUUUCGACCUCCUGUACGCCUUCAAAGUCAGCGUGGUGUCUGUGGUCCACCUGCUGAAAACGGUCCGCUUGUUACGGAUCAUUCGACUCCUGCAGAAAAUGGACCGCUACUCCCAACACAGCACGGUGGUGCUGACUCUGCUCAUGUCCAUGUUCGCACUGCUUGCCCACUGGAUGGCCUGCAUCUGGUACGUCAUCGGCAAGAAGGAGAUGGAGGCCAACGCACACACGUGGGACAUCGGCUGGCUGCAUGAGCUGGGCAAGCGUCUGGAGGCUCCGUACGACAGCAGUGUAAACAGCACAGUGGGCGUGUCUGGGGGCGGCUCUAGUGGAGGCCCCUCCCUGCGGAGCGUCUACAUCGCCUCACUCUACUUCACCCUGAGCAGCCUGACCAGUGUGGGCUUCGGCAACGUGUCGGCCAACACCGACGCCGAGAAGAUCUUCUCCAUCUGCACCAUGCUCAUCGGAGCUCUGAUGCAUGCUCUGGUGUUUGGUAACGUGACGGCGAUCAUCCAGAGGAUGUACUCCCGCUGGUCACUGUAUCACACGCGCACCAAAGACCUGAAGGACUUUAUCCGUGUGCACCACCUCCCCCAGCAGCUGAAGCAGCGCAUGCUUGAGUACUUCCAGACCACCUGGUCAGUCAACAAUGGCAUCGACUCCAAUGAGCUGCUGAAGGACUUCCCGGACGAGCUGCGUUCGGACAUCACCAUGCAUCUGAAUAAGGAGAUCCUGGAGCUGUCGGUGUUCUCCUCUGCGAGCCGUGGCUGCCUGCGCUCGCUCUCGCUGCACAUCAAGACCACGUUCUGCGCGCCGGGCGAGUACCUGCUGCGGCAGGGCGAUGCGCUCCAGGCCCUCUUCUUCGUCUGCUCGGGCUCCAUGGAGGUGCUCAAGGACGGCAUGGUGCUCGCCAUCCUCGGUAAGGGAGACCUGAUCGGUGCUAACAUGAGCAUAGAGGACCGUGUGGUGAAGACCAACGCGGACGUCAAGUCUCUGACCUACUGUGACCUUCAGUGCAUCAACUUGCGAGGGCUGUACGAGGUGCUGGACCUCUACCCAGAGUACUCCCACCGCUUCUGCCAGGACAUCCAGCAGGACCUCACCUACAACCUCAGAGAGGGACACGAGAGUCAUCUCAUAUCGAGAAUAAUGUCCAGUAAGGUCGUAGAUCCACAAGUGGAUGGGCGUGGCAAUGGAGGGGUCAUCCAGUGCUACCAGCCAAUCAGAGAGCAGGGAGACGAAGAGCAGGAAGCUGAGGAGGCGGAGGAGGACGAGGAAGAGACGGUGCUGUUCCUGAGUGACGUGCCCAACAGAAGACACACACACACACGCAGCACACACACGCACACACACACACACAGGACCAGCAAGAGUAUUCACAUUCAGCAGGAGAACAUGAGGAAGCCAGAUCUCUCAAACCUCAGCCCCAGGAUUGUUGACGGGACAGAGGAAAGCAAUAGCACAGAGAGUUCUCCAACAUUCACAUUUUCUGCUGUCCAUGGAGCUGCAAAUGCCACCGCCACAGAUAUGAUUCAGAUCAGUACAGCAGAGUUGGCAGCAAAAGCAGAGGAAACCAGAGGUCAGCUCUGCCAUCUAGACCAAGAGGUCACCUCCCUGGGCCGGGAGGUAGCAGAGCUGAGUCGUGUGAUGAGGAGCCUGGCGUUCCUGAUGGAGUCCCUCCUGACGUCCCCCCACGCCCACUCCACCUGCUCCCCCCACUACUCCCCUCCUCUACCACCCGCCAACAUGCACCCCUGGACUCCCAGCAUGCCCCUCUUCCCACCCCACCCCACACAGGUGCACCCUGGGACAUCUGCAGGGGGCGAGCAGCUCCUGCCCCCCAGGCUGCAGGACCUUCAGCUGGCGCCCCCUCCGCCACCCCCACCCUUCUCGUCCGCCCCGUCCCCCUGCGGACUCUUGCCCCCGCUGCACCCUUCGCCGCCUUCGCCCGAGAGCUGGCUUCCUGCCCGCAGUCGCUCCCUCAGCCUGGAGACACCACCGCCUCCGCCACCUCCACACCCCUGCCACCUCAACCCCGGGACCUUCCCCAGGACAGGGCUGCCUUUGCUGGGGGAGAAGCCUCUGGGGUCCCCCCCUCCACCUGGUUGCCUGUAGCCAAAACAACCAAGUCAAGGUGUGGACUGAGCACUCUCUGGAGGACACUACUGUAAAACUGGUUCAAGUGGGAUGGACCCUCUUUCUCUGUCCAGAAAGACCCCCCCUGCCUCUU